GCUUUUCUUUCUUUCUUUCUUGAUCGAGACGAUCGACUGCUUUGUCUCGCCUCCCCAAGCGAGAAGCGACCGACUCCCGCCGCCGUUGCCAGCCAUGGACGGCGGUGACGACCUCGCCGCCCUGCACGAGCAGGUCGCCCUCGCAUUCUCCGCCGCCAUCUCGGCCUCCGACCUCGACCUUGCCUUCCAGCUCCAGGUCGCCGAGGCCAUCCAAGCCUCCCUCGGCUUGCCCAAUGCCGCCGCCCCGUCAUCAUCGUCGCAAGCCGCCCCAGAGUCAUCCUCCGACGCCACCUACGCCUUCGCCGUCCAGGCCGCCGAUCUCGCGCGCGCAGAGGAGGACCGCCGCGACGCCGAGGCCUGCCGAGCCGCCAACGCCCGAGCCGCCGCCAACGCCCGCGUCGUCGCGCACGACGCCCUCUUCGCCCGCGACCUCGCUGCCAUCCCCGAGGAACAGUGGGACCACGACGGCGACUACUUCGAGCGCCCCGUCGAGUCCUCGCCCUGCCCGCCGUUCCGCGUCUUCUCCAAGGGCAUGGCGAGCAGGGAGGUUGUGGCCCCGCGGGACCGGGACCCCAGCGUCGCCGUGCUCGCCGUCGCUAUCUAUGGGCCGCAGGGGGAGGAGGUCCUUAGGAUACAGAAGCUGGUGGAGCGCUUCGUGGGUGGCCGCAUGAUGGUGGAGUUGAUGGCGCUGAUGGAAGGCCUCGACGCAGCUCUGGGGCUGGGCAUCCGCAGUGUCACCAUGGUUACGGGUUACGGCCCUCUCUACAAGCAUAUGCUUGGCAUUUGGCGCCCGUCAGGGAAGAAGGUGGCAGAUAUGAUGAAUCAGGUUCUGUCAGUGAAAAGGAAGUUUGAUCAAUGUGAGGUGUCACUCGUUGGGGCAAGCCAAGUCAGCCAUGUGGUAAAAUUAGCAAGAGAUUCAUUAGCCGCUGAGAUCACCAAGGCUCGUUCUGCCAAUGCUAGAGAGGAGAAAAGAGAAAGCUGCGCCAUCUGCUUGGAAGACACUGACGCUACCAAAAUCCAUGCGGUUGAAGUGUGCGCGCAUCGCUUUUGCUUCUCGUGCAUGAAGGAGCACGUGAAAGUUAAGCUGCUGAAUGGAACUCUCCCAGGUUGCCCACAAGAGGGAUGCGCCACGAAGCUCAGUGUGGAGGGUUCGAGGGUAUUUCUUUCGCCGCGGCUGGUAGAGAUCAUGGUGCAGCGCAUGAGGGAAGGACAGAUCCCUCCGAGCCAAAAGGUCUACUGUCCGUAUCCCAGGUGCUCGGCCUUGAUGUCCUUGGGGGAAGUGAUUCAUCCGAUGCAGGAGUCCUCAUCAAGGCACACGGCUGCUGAUGCUGCCACGUUGAGGAAGUGCGUGAAAUGCAGAGGCUCCUUCUGCCUGAGCUGUAAAGUCCCAUGGCAUGAUGGCAUGGGUUGCUUUGAGUACAAGAUGUGGUACCCCCUCGCUCACCCAGGAGAUGCCAAGCUGCAGAACCUGGCAAGGCAGAGGCUGUGGCGCCAAUGCGUGAAAUGCAAGCACAUGAUCGAGCUUGCGGAGGGCUGCUACCACAUGAUCUGCGUGUGCGGCUAUGAGUUCUGCUACACCUGUGGGAAAGAAUGGAAGAAUAAGAAAGCAAGCUGCUCCUGCCCGCUGUGGGAUGAACGCAACAUCAUCAGAGAUGAAGACGACGAUGACGACGAAGAUGAUCUUUACUAGAGAAGGCUGUUUUUGCUGCUUUUUUUAAUGAUGAUAUUCAGCGGCUGCAUGGAUACAUUGAAAUGACCACCUGAUGUUGAAAUUGAAACUGCUCAUCCUG